CUCUCUUUCGCGGUAAUCACCUUCAUCUGCGCUCCCUUCCACCAGAGUCCGAGCACAUCAAAGAUGGCAACUCCAAUCCCCUCCCACCAACGCAUCGUUCCCGGCAGCGUCAACCUCCCCCCUUACCCCUGGCCCGCCACCGCAAAAGACACAAGCGUCGACCCUGUUUCCAUCGCCGAGUCUGUCACUUCCAAGCUGAAUGGCUCCCUCUCCUCGGGUGAUUUCGCCUCAAUCUCCGAGCUCUUCAUCGACAACGGCUUCUGGCGCGAUCACCUAGCCCUCUCCUGGACACCCCGCACGAUCAAGACCUCUGCUGCCAUAGCUGAUUAUCUUUCCUCAUCUCCGACUAAGCUCAGUUCGGUACAGGUGGAUUUGACGUCUGAGUUUCGGAAGCCGCAGAUUGCGAGUUUCGCUCCGGGGGGCAGUCCGGAUGUGAAGGGGAUUGCGUUUUACAUCAAGUGGGGGACUAGUCUUGGCACGGGAAGAGGGGUGGCGAGGCUUGUUCAGGAGGAUGGAGAGUGGAAGAUUUGGACCAUGUUUACUUGUUUGGUGGAGUUGAAGGGGUGGGAGGAGAAGGUGGGGGCGAGGAGGGAGUUGGGCGUUGAGCAUGGGAAACAAGAAGGGAGGAAGAACUGGAGGGAGAGGAGGGAGGGGGAGCAGAAGAAAGGGGAGGGGGAGGUGUUGGUUAUUGGUCUGACGAUUGCUGCGAGGUUGAAAAUGUUGGGCGUGAAGACACUGGUCAUUGAUACGAAUGAGAAGGUGGGCGACAACUGGCGGAAGAGAUAUCAUCAGCUGGUGCUGCAUGAUCCAGUGUGGUACGACCACAUGCCGUAUCUCCCCUUCCCUGAGCACUGGCCGGUUUUCACGCCAAAGGAUAAACUGGCCGAGUGGUUUGAGUUUUAUGCCAAGGCGCUCGAACUCAACAUCUGGACUUCUACCUCCCUUACAUCUAGCAAAUGGGAUGAGGGCACCAAAACUUGGGAGGUAAAGGUGAACAAGGGGGGCAGAGAGGAGAGGGUUCUCAGGCCGAAACAUAUCGUUUUGUGUACGGGACACUCGGGCAAGAAGUUCAUGCCUGAUAUCAAGGGGCUGAGCGAGGGGGUGUUUAAGGGGUUGGCGGUCCACUCUGCUGAUUUCGCCGGUGCGAAGCAGCAGCAAGAGGGGACUGAGAGAAAGAGAAAGGCGGUGGUGGUCGGGGCGUGUAAUUCUGCUCACGAUAUCUGCCAGGAUUACUACGAGAAGGGGUAUGAUGUCACCAUGGUGCAGAGGUCGUCGACUUGUGUCGUGUCCAACAAGGCGGCUCUCAAGGUUUUGCUGGCGGUGCUGUACGAGGAGGGUGGACCGCCGGUCGAAGACAGCGACAUCUGGCUUCAUGGCUGGCCGAGUGAGGUUAUGAAGAGCAUACAGAUCGAUCUGGCCAGGAUUCAGCGGAAGAUGGACGAGGAUUUGUUGGAGGGGUUGGAAAAGGCCGGUUUCAGGACUGACAAGGGGGUGGAUGAAGGGGGGUUGUUUAUGAAGUAUUUACAACGGGGUGGGGGGUAUUACAUUGAUGUGGGCAUGUCGCAGCUGAUUAUUGAUCGCAAGGUGAAAGUCAAGCAGGGGGAGGAGAUUGAGGAGUUGGUGGAGAAUGGGCUGAGGUUCAAAGAUGGGGAGGUGCUGGAGGCGGAUGAGAUUGUGUUUGCUACUGGGUUCAUGAAUAUGAGAACCCAGGCGAGGCAUAUUCUGGGAGAUGAGGUUGCGGAUAGGGUGGACGAUGUUUGGGGAUGGGAUGAGGAGGGGGAGAUGAGGGGGAUCUGGAAGGAGAGCGGGCAAUCGGGCUUUUGGUUCCAUGGUGGCAAUUUGGCCUUGACUAGAUAUUUCAGUAGGGUGACUGCGCUGCAGAUCAAGGCGAGGCUGGAGGGAUUGGGGGCCUAA